AUGGCAAAUCGGAGCUCACGCGGUCAGCCCGCCAAGUGGGCUUACAGGAGGGAGAUAAACUGUGGGGACGUCCUCACGAAAAAGAAGCUGGAUGGCCACCGCAACCAGUGCUACGGCGCAUCCUUCACCUGCCUGGACUGCAUGGUGCAUUUCGAGGGGACCAGCUACAGAGCCCACACGUCCUGCAUCACCGAAGACCAAAAGUACCAGGGCAAGCUCUACAAGGAGAAGAAGAAGCCCCAGCAUCAGAAAAAGGACAGCGCCCAGCAGAACAACUCACAGGCACUCGUUCCGCGCACUGCUUAUGUCGAGGAUGCCCCCGACGCAGAGACCGGCGCUGUCGCCAUCGUCGAUGCCCCGCCCCGCGCCCCUACUCCGCCGCCCGCAUCAGCCUCCCUAGGCUAUGAGGAGACCGCGGCGCUCCCACCAGUGAAUGUAUUCGACUUCCUGGAAGCAUCCGAGAACCUAAACCCGUCCCGGACACAUCUGCCCGUGGAUGAGUCGCGCAUGAUCGAAGACAGCAUACCGCCUCCAUACCAGGAGGAGGAACCUCAGCCGGUUCUGGAUGUCCUGAAGUUCCAGGUAACAGACGAUGAGCACUAUGCUGAGAAUGGCUUCACUUAUGACGACGAACCCGUGCGGCCAACCAGCGAACGAUACCACUCUUCCUACAAUGUCCGGGAGCAGGACCCUAGCUUCAACUUCACCACACCGGCUCCAAAGCCCAAGCACAACCGGACCAAGUCCCGGGAUAAGGGUCUCGAUACGACAAUCAAGAAGGAAGAGCGGAAGCGAAAACGCAAUUCGCCGGCCGAGCUCGAUAUGUCGCUCGUUCGCGCUCAGCAAGAGAGGGAUGUUAUGAUGGCUAACACUCCGCCUGUGCUUCAUUCUGGCCUGACCGGCGGUCUCAGCCGAAUGCUUGCUCGUCCUGAGUUUCCGCCUUCUCCUGAAUACUCUGGGGACUACGUUGAGAACUCGCCUCUCAGCCCCAUGAAGCGAGCUAAGCAAGGAGCCUCAAAGGCCUUCCUCCGUGCGCAGAAGGAAUUCGAGAUACAGCAAGAGAAGGACCGCAAAGCCGAAUUGAGAGGGGGAAAGGCACGAGAAAAAGAGGAAAAGAAAGAGAAGGAGAGGGGCCGUGAGCGCGAGCGCAGGGAGCGCAAGGCCAGUACCGCCCUCGUGAAGAUCAAACCCAAGAUGAAGAAGCGGGAUGAUUCUACGCGGGAAAUCCGAAAACACCGUGACGGCGACCGUCGUCGCCGCCGACAGUACUCUUCGUCUCCGUCCCCAGCGCGCGAGCGCAGGACUCUCAAGGCUAUUGAGUAUCAUCCAUCUGCUUCGCAGUCCCCACCACCUGAUAGCAACGGCCAACUAAUCUUGCGUCCCAAUGGAGACAUUGCGCCGGUCAAGACGGAGGUUGAGGCCCGUGCAGAACUGUUCAUGUCUUUCGUCACCAAGGGCCCUGAGUCCGAGCGGGGCAUGAGCGUCAACAAGACCCUGAAGCGAUAUCACCGUGAGCGCUACGAGCGCUGGGACCGCGAAAUCUCCAAGGCGGACGAAGAGAAGGAGCUUUGGAAGAGUCUACGCCUGCGGAGGAACGAUAGGGGCGAGGUCGUACUGUUCUUCGCGCCGCCGGAGAGCGCGUGA